GCUGUAUUUAGAGUCAGCCACCUGCUUGGAACAUCAAGCAGCGGCAAAGAGCCUGCUUCAGCAGAAAACUGCCCUGUGGGUCCUGCAGCAGCACCUUCCAGCAGGCCUUCCUCUGCCUAAAUCUGCGUGUGGCCUCCGAAGGGGUCAGCGCCUGAAGACAGUCAGACCCUGUCAGCCUGGGAAUGCUCUGAGGCUGGCACUCCCUCUGCCCAGGAACUGCCAGAGCUGCAAGGUGGAAGUAAAUCACGUGGGUGAAGAGUGGCCUAAUCUCUACAUAGGCAAUAUACAGCUGCUUUACCAAACCCAGGAAAAAGAAAAGCUGUCUCUGAUACAGCCUGAGUGCAUGCAAAAGAGCAGCAAGAUGCCUCACACCAAAGACUCUUCAUCUCUGACUAGCAAUGAUUCCUAUGAAACACCAGCACUAUCAGACCUCCAGCGGCUUCUGUGGUUCAGAGGAGGGUCUGAUAAUCAUGUGGACCAAGUCUGGCCAAAUAUCUACCUGGGAGAUGCGUGGGCUGCCAGGAGCAAAACUACUCUUCAAAGCCUCAACAUUACUCAUAUCCUUAAUGCAGCAGAUGGACCAUAUAGCAUCAACACAGGAGCCAAAUAUUAUGAAGAUCUGCAAAUAAAGUACUAUGGAGUAGAAGCAUUUGAUGAUCCUUCCUUUGAUUUAAGUAUCUUCUUCUAUGAUGCUGCCAAUUUCAUAGGCCAGGCCUUAAAAUCUUCAGGAGGUAAGGUGUUUGUUCAUUGUGCCAUGGGAGUGAGCCGCUCAGCGACUUUAGUGCUUGCCUUUUUAAUGAUCCAUGAAAACAUGACACUCGUGGAUGCUUUGAAGACAGUCGGUGCUCACAGAGACAUCUGCCCAAAUUCAGGGUUCCUCAGCCAGCUCCGGGAUUUGGACAUUAAACUGAAUGAAGAGAAGAAAAGAUCCAGAGCAUCUACUACCAAGGAGCUGUAA